ACUACAGUACAACAAAACGUUUUUGUGGCAAUGAUUGAUGCGAUUAGCUGUCCUCUGAAUAUAACUUUAUUCUUGAUAUGUGCACUGCUUGUCUAUAUGAGUCUUCGGCCACUGUUAAGAAAGAAAAAGACCAAGACUAUCCAGGUCCCGAAAAUGGGUAAACGUGAUUUUACGUUAGAGGAGCUCCAGAAGUUUGACGGCAAGGGUGAGCACAAGCGAAUACUGAUAGCGGUUAAUGGUAAAAUAUUCGAUGUCACCAAUAACGGACAGGAGUUCUACGGCAAAGGAGCACCCUAUGCAGUUUUUGCUGGCAAAGAUGCGUCCAGAGCACUGGCAUGUUUCAAUCUGGAGACUAAGAAUGAGUAUGACGACCUCUCAGAUCUUACUCCCGAUCAGAUGAAGACCUUGAGAGAAUGGGAACUUCAGUUUUCCGAGCGUUAUGACCAUAUUGGACGACUUUUAAAACCUGGAGAACCACAUCGAGUUUAUGAGAUUAAUGAUGGAGAAGAUGAAGUUGGCGGCACAAAUCAUGUUGUUCAACGUAGUUGCAAGGAGAAAGUAACCUGAUAAACGUUACACUGACCUGUUUCAAGUAUUUUGUGUAUUUAUGUAAGCAUACCAUUGCAAUCUUUUUUUAUUUUAAAUGGACGCUUAUUACCAACCGUCCAUAUUUGUGUUCCUAAACAUAAUGAUUUCAGUCUUUUGGUUUUCGAUUUGUGCAAUAUUAAUGCUA